UAUAAUGACCUGAAUUAAGAGACAUUGAGUUGCCAUGACCUUCUAAUAUAUAACUACGUUUAAAAAACAACGUUACGUAAUGCUGCGUGUGACACUAACUGUCCGUCAUGUUUGCUGUCCUUGACGCCUCACCCACAUCCAUGACGUCAGAGUGGACACUGUCCAUCAGAGCGUCAAGGUCACAACGGCUGACAAGGGGGUCCUAGAAAAGUAACCUGGUCUAAACCCCCGCGAUACAGUCCAAACCACGGUCCCGCCUCCAGGUCUUCGCGCGGUACCGAUGGAAUCGGCUUCAGCUGGGCCCGCCCGCCCCGCAGGGGGAACCGGAGCCGUCUUGGCGCGCUCGGCCAGAAGCACCGGAGCGCCACUUCCCCACGCCGACAUGGCGGACUCCAGCGCCAGCUGCAACGACCUGACGUCCCUCGCGCGCGCUUUGUCCAUGCCGUCGCUGGAGCUGACGGAAGGGACCGACGCGAGUCCCCCGCGGAACGUCCCGCCGUACUCGCGCCGGAGGAGAAAGCUGUCGUCGGGCUGCAACUCGUUCGAGUCCGCGGAGCCGGUGGCUUCCCCGUCCUCCGACGAGGCGAGAGUGCUGGUGAUUAACACCGGAGGGACCAUCGGGAUGACGCUUCAUGAUAACGUGCUCGCCCCAAAGGCCAACGCCUUUGUGAAAGGCCUGCGCAAGUUGCCCAUCCUCCACGACGAGCUGUACGCCCAGCAGACCGGCCUGUAUCAGUACUACGGAUCGGAGAACAGCCUGGUCCUGCCACCAAUGAAGACCACAAACCACAGGGGAACUGACCAUCUAUCUCACGGGCUGAAUAAAGACAAUAAGAGGAUAGUGUACACUGUUAUAGAGUACAACCCUUUGCUGGAUUCCUCCAAUAUGUCCACAGAUGACUGGGGUAGAAUUGGAAAGGACAUUGAGAAAAACUACGAAAACUAUGACGGUUUUGUGAUCCUGCACGGCACAGACACUAUGGCGUACACCGCCUCGGCCCUGUCCUUCAUGUGUGAACAUUUGGGCAAACCAAUCAUCCUCACCGGGUCGCAGGUGCCGAUCUAUGAGAUGAGGAACGACGGCAGAGACAACCUGCUGGGGGCGCUGCUGAUCGCAGGCCAGUUUGUCAUUCCUGAGGUGUGCUUGUACUUCUACAACAAACUCUACAGAGGGAACCGUGUGACCAAGGUGGACGCUGGGAGUUUUAACGCCUUCUCCUCUCCCAACCUGGCUCCUCUGGCCGUCGCCGAGGUGGACAUUUCAAUCAACUGGGAUACGGUGUGGAGGGCAAACACCACAGCAAAGUUUCAUGUCAGCACCGAGCUGAAUAGGAACGUGGGGCUGCUCAGGCUGUUCCCCGGAAUCACCGCUGCUACUGUGAGGGCUUUCCUGCAGCCGCCCAUGGAGGGCGUAGUCCUGGAGACCUACGGCAGCGGAAAUGCCCCCGAUAACCGACCCGACCUGUUGGAGGAGCUGAAGAAGGCCACCGACUCCGGUGUCAUCCUCAUGAACUGCACCCAGUGCCUGAGGGGGACCGUGUCUACGUCGUACGCCACCGGCAAGGUGUUGAUGGAGGCAGGGCUGGUAGCUGGUGGAGACAUGACUCCAGAGGCGGCCCUAUCAAAGCUCUCUUACGUAUUGGCCAAGAAAGAUAUAAGUUUUGAAGCCAAGAAAAAGUUGAUGGGUCAGAACCUGCGCGGCGAGAUGGUGUCCGACUUAGCCGGAGCCAAGCUGUGUCUGAGCGACAGCCGAUUCAUCCAGGUCAUCGCCAAGUCCCUGAGCAUCAGCUGCAAGGAGGAGCUGGAAGCCAUCCGCGAUGCCCUGACUCCCCCAUUGGCAUGUGCCGCCGCUAAGAUCGGCGACAUAGAGGCCUUCGAAGCCCUGAAGGAAAUGGGCACGAACUUGUGUCUGAGUGACUACGACGGACGCACACCCCUACAUAUCGCUGCCUGCGAGGGACACCUCAAUCUGGUGGAGUACCUCCUGAGUCACGGAGCCACGGUCUACGCCAAAGAUCGUUAUGGGGACACGCCCCUGAGCAACGCCGUGCGCUUCAGACACAAGGAGGUGGUGAAGCUGCUGAGGAAGACCGGGGCGCACCUCUCCAGAGACGAGUUGGACGAGGCAGGAACUGAACUGUGCAGCCUGGCGGCCAGCGGAGACCUGGAGGGCCUCGAAAUGUGGAAACUCGCUGGAGCCGACCUGAAUAAACCCGGCUACGAUGGACAGACACCCCUUCGACUGGCCCACGCUGUUGGCAAAAAAGACGUGGUGGCAUUUUUAGUGCAGCUCAUGAGCAAAAAAACCAAGCCUGUAUUUGGUGAGAUUAAUGAGUAUGAUGAAUAUGAGGAUGAGGAUGAUGAUGAUGAGAGCGGAGCGAUCGAGUUCACAGCAACGGCGAAAGGACUGUGAGCCGUCGCGAUCAGAAAUCCUCCUCUUCCUCAUCCUCGUCCUCCUCCUGCGGCAUCCACUUCCCUCCUCCGAGCCGUCCCCCUCACUCCGUCCAGCGCGCCGAUACCUGCCGCCCAGUGACCGGGACCUACUGGGAGUGUUAAAUGGUCACACUUUCUGAAAGCCGUCCCGUCUUACAGCGUUUCCCUCCGAUCCCGCGUUGACAGCGCAGCGUUGUGUCAGCGCCACUUUGAGUGCGCGGUGAACGCUUGAGGACCGCACCGCGUGUGCGUAGAUGUGUGGUUGUUUUAUCAGUAGAAUCUGAAUGUAAACGUACAAUCAGGGAUUCAGGGUGAACUUCUCAAUGCUGUUUUUAUCACGAGAACACUGAAACCUUCCAUUUCCUAAUUUUGUUGUGUGCACUAAAAGAGUUCGAGAACUCUUGUCUACAGUUACGUCACUUUGUAAAACAAAAUAGCAAUAUAUUCAGGAUUUGUUAAAUCUACAGGGUGCACUUUAUUCUAUGGUUAUUUCUAGUGAAGUGCAGGAAGGUUUCCGGUUACUAAUCUAGUCGUGUUGUCUGUGCUGUUGUUCAACUAUAGGCCUUGUCCACUGUCUUUAAGGCAGAACAUUUCCUGUUGCUUAAACAGGUACAACACAAACCUUUAGUCCCCUUCCAGACUCAACCAGCCUGUUUGUUGCUCUGAUCAGUCACAUAUCUCUCAAUGAAAUGGAAAAGGCAAAUUAACACUUGACUGUUGACGUCAGCCGUGUUGUCAUUCAUUUAGAUGUCAAUUUAUGUUCUUUGCGUCCAAGAUCACAAACAAAUUACUUAUUGUGCGACGAGUAAACAAUUUAGAACACCAGACGCUCUUGUUUGGUUUUGAAAGGUAAAAUAAAAUCAUCUUGUAUUUUACACUA